CGCCUGGCUGCCUCGUGCUUCUCGAUCAUUGUCCCCCCCGGUCGUGCACGACGCCGCGCUACGCAACAAUGAUGGACCCCUUUACGCUGUUCUUUGGCGUGCUCAUAGCCGCCGUCGUCCUCGGCAUCUCCAUCAUGCUCAGCAUCGCCAUCUCGCAGCCCUUUUCGGGCGCCCUCGUCCGGCUGCGCGCCAACUACCUCCCCAAGGCCGUCUCGCUGGACAAUGUGCUCGAGGACGGCGAGCAGGGUGCCACGGCCGGCGUCUCGCCCCGGGCCAUCUCGGGCUACUUUUUGCGGCAGCGCCAGUCGGCGGCCAAGAUCGGGCCCGUCGUGUCGGGCAUCGUCGCCAUGCUCAUCCGCACCAAGCGCCUCGAGGGCUGGGCGGGCCUGUACAAGGGCGCGGGGCCCGAGCUCGCCCAGCUCUUCCUUAUCGGCCUCGUCACCUAUGUCGGCUUCAGCGUCAGCGUGCUCAGUGUCGGUGGCAGCCCCUACCGUGCCGCACCGAGCGGGCCGGGCCAGUUUGGCUUCUGGAGCAACCUCGUCUUCAUGUUCUGGGUCGCCUUUGUCGCCCUUCCCCUCAACGUCAUCACAUACCGAACAAUUGUCCACCCAAAGAUGCUCCCACUCACGACGCCGCGCAGCAACCUGCGCCAGCUCCUCUCCCACGCCGAGUACACGCAGCCCUGGCGCCUCUACUUCGUGCCCGGCCUGCUGGCCGCGACGCUGUGCCACGUCGCCUGGAUCGGCCUGGCCACGCGCAUCGUGCGCCACUUGACCGUGCCCAGCUGGGGCGGCCUCCCGCCCUCGACGCCGGCCUCGCCCGACGACGACGGCUAUUCGGGCCCUUCGAGCGAGACGCUGGCCGUGUCGCCGUUUGGCAUGGCCGUCUUUCUCACCUGGUGCGUCCUGAGCGUCGUCGUGCUCAGCCCGCUCGAGUGCGUCAUGGUCCGCCUCUCGGUGCAGCGGCCCGACCGCCAGCAGCCGCUGCACCUGGCGUAUGCGCGCGCGGGCCAGGCCAACGGCAGCAGCCCUGCGCCGUACAACAACCAGGCCCAGGUUGCACAGCAGGCGCCUGCUAGUGGUGCUGCCCCCAAUGGCCAGGCCGCAUACACUGACGAGGCACCCGCUGACGACAGUGCAGAGCCGGCUCCUCGGCCGAGCUUUGCCAUCGAGGAUGAAGACGACGACGAGGCCGACGAGGCACAGCAGGGGGCAGCGAAAGCCGCCAAGCCAUCUGACGCUGACGGGCAACCUCCCCGUCAGGAGCAGGCCCCGACAGCCCGACCUCCAGCCCAGGACAGCCACCGGGUGCUGGGUUCAUCGGCGGCCACACCACCCCCACCGCAGAGGCCAGGCACCUAUCUGCCAGACAUGUCGGAGCCCUCGGAGCCCGUGAUUGCGCUGCGGCCCUGCGACGAGCCGAGAAACGCCGCCGAUGCGGCCGAGGUGGAAGCGCAGGGCUUUGGCGCGCCCGUCGUCGAGCGCUACACGGGCCUCGUCGACUGCAUCAACAAGCUCGUCGACGAGGAGGGCAUCGAGGCCCUCUACCGGGGCGCCUGGGUCACCCUCCUCGGCGUCCUCGCUGCCAACUUUAGCUGAUUGUUCUUCUAUACAUAUUCUCCUCCUUCAAGAGCAACAAUUCGUAU